GAUUUGGGUACAGCUUUUGAUGUGCCUGGCCAUUUCAAGAAUACAGGUCUGUUUGCUGCUGUCGUUCUCAAAAAUGCGGAGAUGAAGUUCAACUUUGGAGACUCCAAAUUCAAAUUUCCUCCAGGGGGUGGAUUCAUAGGAUUGAGUGAAGCACCAGCUGAUUGUCUUAUUGCAUCAAAUGUUAUUGGAAAUCAGCAGGUUGCCAGCUCUAAAGUAGAACCGAAUGCUCCUAAAGCUAUUAUAAUUGAGCCUUCAAGAGAGUUAGCAGAACAGACUUUGACACAAAUACAGAAUUUCAAGAAGUAUUUAAAAGAACCUAAUGUCCGGGAACUUCUCGUUAUUGGUGGUCAAGCUGCAAAAGAUCAAAUAUAUGCCUUAGAAUCAGGGAUUGAUAUUGUAGUGGGUACUCCUGGUAGAUUGGAAGAUCUAAUUAGUACAGGAAAGUUAUCUCUUUCACAGGUUCGCUUUUUCAUCCUUGAUGAAGCUGAUGGAUUACUAACACAAGGAUACACUGACCUGAUUUAUCGAUUGUGGGAGCAAAUUCCCAAAAUUACUGCUGAUGGAAAAAGAUUACAGGCAAGAAUGUUGGAAAUUUUGAAAGUUGAUGUUUCCGAUAGUGGUAGAUACAAAUGUGUUGCAACAAACGUGGCUGGUAAUGAUAUGCAGACAAUACAUGUGACAGUCAGAUACCCAGAUUGGCAGUCUAUGCUUGGCGGGUGCCACGAUGGGUCGGUGGAAGGAUUGGGUCACAUACCCGAUGUGGCUGCGUGUGAGGGUGGAUGGCACGGACAUGUACAGCGUGGUAAGACACUGUGUGCCAGAGGAUGGCAUGUCUGUAGUGAUCAAGACACUGAUUUGUUAAGCUCAGUUACGUGGGAAGACGCAGUCAGUGUGGAUGGUUGCUUUGCAUAUAAUGCCGCUAACAACAUGGGACAGUGUACCAGGUGUACUGAAACAGUAGAUGGUGAUAGAAUGGGUGGGAUUGGACGAAACUGUUCACAGAGACAUCGAAAGCAUGGCUCGUGUCUUGGAGAGGGUAGAAUAGAUAUAUUCUACGGACACAGAAAGAACGGUCAACCCAACUGUCGCUAUCAUCCGGGUUUGACAACUGGAGUAUUAUGUUGUAAAAUGUUUCCAGCAAAGAGGAAAAAGGUUAAGCCAGUCUGUAAUCCUGUAUGCCAAAAUGGUGGUACUUGCACAGAAUCCAAUAGGUGUCAAUGUACACCUCAAUAUAAAGGUCUUACCUGCCAAAAUGCUGUAUGCAAUCCCAAAUGUAAGGAUAGUGAAAAGUGUGUGGCCCCUGGUGUUUGCAGGUGUAGAGAUGGGCUCAGGGGUGUGUUGUGUCGACAUAAAAAAGCUGCCGGAUUGUCACCGCUUCUGUCAUCGGAAGGGAACAAAGACAAAAACGACAGCACUCCAGACACUUCACCGGGCGCGCCCCAAACACCAUCUCUCGAUGACAGCCCAACAAACGAAGGAAAACAGAAACUGGACGUAGCCAAAGACAUUAACAACUCCAUGCAGGGACAGCUACUGUUGCAGGUAUUGUCUGAUUUCGUAUUGCUGUCAGCCAACUACAAAACAUGA